UAUGUGUUACGCUGUUUAUUAAAGUAAUUGCGUUGAUGGUUUUUGAUUGAAUUAGAAAGAAAUCUCGGACGCCCAGUGGCUGAGAGGGUGCAUUCUUUGCGAGGACAAUGCGAAAAUCUCUACGGAUACAGCGUAUUUUGUGAUUUUUCUGAUAUUUUCGAGAUAAGGUGUCGCAGAUUGCAUGUCGCCAUGGCUAAGAAAGCCCCUUUGAAACAAUCUUUUGAUCACACCUUAAAUCUUAUUGGUUGAGCAGGGACUGGCUGUUUGUUAGUAGAGUUAAAUUUACUUUAGCUGAAACCAUCAACACUAUUACAGGCCACAAGUCUUCAGCCCCCAAUCUCGGCCUUAAAGAAAGAAGACUAAAAGAUAGAAACGCCUGGUUAACUCGCUAAGGAGAACCAAAAUUUGGACUUGGGGGCGCGAGAUAAAAAAAGAAAUAAUUUUGCUGUAGAAUGCGUAAUACAGCGCGAUUUCACCCAGUGACCCGUUUCGCUUUCUUAGCUCUGUUUCUCACGACUGGAAUUGCUGAUGGACUAAGGAAUGAAUUGCCCGAAACAUUCGAAGCCGAAGUAGACGGACUCGCUGACUUAGAGAGAAACCAACGGUCUUUCCGAAGUUAUGAUGCCUACGGACCUAUAAGGAGGUCGAACAUUCAGCGUCACAUUCCAGACCAGAAUGACGAAAAUGUUUGCGUGCCAGCGUGCGCGCACGGCGGAACAUGUGUCAACAAAACGUGCGUCUGCCCCGCCGGGUGGACUGGAAUCGAUUGCACGCAGGGUGGGUUGGAAUAACGUGUUUUUAAAUUUAUAUUUUUUAUUUUCAUUUUUUUAUCUUGAAGUAACGAUCGCCGUCAAAGGAGUUAAGAUGAUUUAAAGACGGAUGUAAACGCUACAACUUUGCCGUUCAAGUGUGACAGGCUUCCGACAAGUGUCCGUUGCAAAUUGCUUCAUUUAAAUCAAACCAACAAGUUGCGAGACAUUAUCGGCUGAUGUACCUCUUUUUCUGUCAAAUUAACAAAUUGACGCCAGUUUUUUA